AAUGUCCGAGGCGCCUGGAAAUCUCAACAGCCUCCGCAUGGCGAAUGUAGCUCUGCGAGAAGAAUUAAAUGCCCUCCGCGGUGAGAACGCCAAUUUGGGCCUGCAGCUCGGGAGAGCCCUGGCCGAGGUUAAUUCCUUGCGGGGCAAUGUCUCGAGCUACAUCCGCUGGCCAAUGCCUCUCCUUUCCGAGGAGAACUUUGACUUCCCGCUCGGUGACAUCGACGCCAGUCCCGAGGGGGAUCUGCCUUUCCUGUGCUGGCCUCCCGCACGCCCUGAGUCCGAGUAUGUCUCGGAUGAUCUUCUGAUUAACGUGAUCCAGGAUUGCAGCACCCCUGAUGGGCCCACCGAUUCCCCGGUGCUACCCAUCCCGCCCCUGCCAGCGCUGCCCCCUCCCUCGUCCAAGGAGCCGCCUCCACAGUCCUCUGUGCCACAGCAGGAACGGCCCGAGGUAGAGCCCUUUGCGGGAGACCCGGUCCACCUGGCAGAAUUCCUGAUGCAGUUAGAGAGCUACAUAGCUAACCAUGAGGAUCAGUUUGCCGGGGGCACGGAUCGGGUUGCUUUUGUGAUCUCCUUUUUCACUGGCCAAGCCAAGGACUGGGCCAUCGCAGUCACCCAGGAAGGAAGCCCCCUCCGUGCCAACUUCCGGCGCUUCCUGGAUGAAGUCCGUAAGGAAUUUUGCGGCCCCAUCCCCCUACGUGUGGCUAAAAAGGCUAUCCGCAAGCUCAAGCAGGGCGACUGUACCCUCCGCAGCUAUGCAGAUGCUUUUCGGUUCCUGGCCCAGUUCUUGUCUUGGGAUGACUGUCGCCUCCAAAAUCAGUUCCUCAGAGGCCUGUCGGAAUUCUUCCGAAAGGAGCUCUUAUGGUCCACUGAAAUGGCCGACCUGGAUGAGCUGAUUCUUGAGUGUAUGGAGAUAGAAAGGAAGGUGCGGAGCCUCAGGCCCAUCUCCCUCUCUGCCGUUCACAACAACGCUACCCCGUAUGCUCACAAUGAGGCCGAUAGCGACGACGAGCAUGCGAGUGAGGAGGAAGCCUUACGCAGGCGCAGGCUUUACCUGAGGAGCCACCAGAGGCGUAUGAGGGCUAUGACACAAGAGAUGAGGGAGAGGCUAGAGGAGGAGAUGAGGAAGAAGGAGGAAGAAAUGAGCAGAACCGUCAUCCUGGAGGAUGACGAUGAGGAUCAGGAGGUGGAGGUGGUGGAGUUGGAUGAGGAGGAGCUGCAGAAGAUAGAGGAGAUGAAGAAGAAUGAGGAUGCCCAGGAGGAGCCAGAGCAGGAGCCAGAGGCCGAGGAGAUCCCUGAUGAGGUGGAGGAGGAGUCCCAGGACGAUGACCUGGAGGAGCUGAUGGAGAUGGAGCCUGUCCUUGUCCACACUUCAACUCAGACUCCCAACUCCGCCAUUGGCUUCCACGCUGAAAACUUCCUGGGCGCAUCCCCUCCCAUAGUACAGCCCGGCAGACGGAGGAGCCAGAAUCGAGUCCCACUGCUGGAAGGCCUUCCAGGUACCAAUUCACCGUUCUACAGCUCGCCGCCACUGAUUCGCCGUGCCGGUCGCUUGGGGCAGCGCCAGACGCGAAGACGUCCUCCGGUGCUAUUCCGCCUCACUCCAAGACAGGGGGGCCACCGAGCGGCUCGUGGCCGAAUUCGCGUGUGAGUGUUGGGGCCAAACGGCCACCCAGAACACACCCUUCUACAGCACCCCCCACCCUCGCUAUUGCUGCCACACCUGCCCCAUCUGCUGACCAGUUCUUAAGGGAAAUCCAGACCUGCAGAGCCUGAAGACCACCUGUAGAACUGCAGCCCACUGUGCCACACCGUGACCAGAGAGUCUCGUGUGCCUAGCCAAGGGCAGCGGAGAGAGGAGGCUCAGCCCCACCACUGGCGAGCAGGGUUCUGGGCCUCUUCCCAUAACUGAACUGGUCACCUCCCUGUAUUGUGCCUCUAGUUACUCCUAACCCUCACCUCUUCUGCAGUUACUCACCUUGUGUUCUACGAUUUUACCCUCUCGCUGGCUCACCAGGACUUUUCCCAGUGCCUCCCUGAUCUGCCCCAGUGAUCAAAAGAACAGGCUACACCGAACUCCUAAAGCCACUGAGGCCAAAUACCAGAUAGAAUUGACAUGGAGCAGAAGCCUACACCUGUUUCAUGCCACACCUCCAGUAGAAGGGCCUGAAAGAGGACUCUCCAUCUAGCCUAGUGAGCGUGUGCUAUAGCCACAUGUCAGAUGGGCAAAUUGACUGAGACUCAGACUUGUCCUUGACUGUGCAAGCUGCUUUCACUUGCGGCAUUUGAAUUUACCUUCCCUCAGACUGCUGUGUCAGGACCAACUUGCCAAAUCUGGGGCCCGCCCUCACCACACUGCUGGUGACCGGAGCCCCACAUGGCAAACUCUACCCAUUUCCUUGGUGUUGCCUAAAGGGUAGGCAGUUGGAGGGCUGGAGGGAGGAGGGGGAGGAGGAGGAAGCAGCAGCAACAAUCCAGUUUGGCAUUGUAAGGAGUGACUCCUUAGAGACGGGGAUUUCUCCCACCAGGCCUUGGCCUGCAGCCCUCAGCCGAAAGUCUUUUGCAGGAGACUUUCCAUCCUUGGGCUUACAGAAGAGGCCUCACUGGCCAUUCCUUCUGGGACAGCCAAAGAGGGCGGGCCCAAGGCCUGCUCUUGAACUCCUUUUGACUUCAAGGACUCCUUAGUUCUGAGAGGAGAGAGGAAGGUUGGCUUCACAGAGACUGUGCCUAUAGCAUUUGCAGCCUUCAACGUCGCUCACAUGGAAAUCAGCCCCUGGCCCACUGCUGUGUGUCAGAGGGGGACUGCCUCCUAGACACUGCUGGGGUCCCUGGGUGCAAACUCAGGUCUCCUAAUAAAGGGACCCGUUACUUGCCUUGGGUCCAGAACGCACUGUUUCUGCAGUGAAAAAAAAUACACAUUUACUAUGUCAGCUGUGGCCACGAAAGGCCAGCCAAGUUCACUGCUGGCCCAAGCUGCCUCUGGACACUGAUCUUUCUGCACAAUGCCUGGCAGCUGGGCACGCACCGCCAAAGCGUCUGUGGCCAGAGGGAGGAAAAUGUAGUAAAGCUUGUGUUCCUCACCAGAGUCUGACAGGUAACCUCAGCCCAGCCUGAGGAUUUGGGGCCUCAAGCAAGAGGAAGAAGCUGGAGGAAGAGGAGUCACAGACAGACCCAGUCCUUAGGCUGGUUUCUGGUGAGGUCUCUGUUCAUCAGUGCAAGGAGAAAGUUCCACGAAGGGGAGCUGCUAUUCUUCGAGGCUGUGGAUCCUGAUUGCUGAUGGUCGACACGCUGACCCUGUGGCCCGUGUCCCCGUGGAGAACUGCAAAGGGCAGGUGCCUUGCACCCCAUUUCCAGGGACCCGUCAGCACAGGCCCUGCCUGUUCCCAUGGUGCUUCUCACCCUGGACCCUUGUGGCCUCAGCUGGAGAAAGAGCCGACGUGCAGUGAGCUGGUUUCCAGCCCUCUGGGGCAGGGGGCACUUAGGCUUCCCUUUGACCCUCUUCCCCGCUUUCCCCAAUCUUCAAUAUUUGUUGUGUUGUAACAGCCACAGGAGCUGUAAGAAGAACUAUGGGCUUUGGGAGCUUUCCUGGGUUGAAAGAGGGGUGGGGGUGGGGGUGGGAAAUGCAUGCAAGGGGAUGAAGGCAGCCUAAGGACUCCCAGCAGCCCGGGAGGAAACGGGUUUGAAAUAAAUGUGUUAUUGUGUUAUAUUGUUACAUUACUGUGCUGUGAAGAUAAGAAACUGCUCUGUAUGCUGAAGCUUUCUCUCCUCAAUAAAGAUACAAAGGGUGUGUAAA